UGUUCAGUUGCGGUUAAGGUUUUUUUCUGCAGGCUCGUUUUCUUAACUUUAUUUUGAUGCAUGUUUCGUUUAAUGCGUAGUCGCGUUUCAAAACCCAACUCGUCCAAUCUUGUUGGUACAUCCAACAUUUUGUUGUAUUGCCUCCAUGUCUACAUUGACGAGGCUGAGCUGACAGACAGAAAGAAUGUGAAAUGCUGUUCCAGCAGCAGCCAUUUUACCCCAGUUUCCAUUUCUCUGUUUAAUUUGAAUGUCAUUCUCAUCGGAUUGUCAUCAUAGACAACUGUUUGAUGCGUACUGGUGGCUGUCGCUAUUGGUUCACUAGACACCCCUCCCCUCAGUAUACCAYAAAUAUUACAUCAUUUUGAACCAAUAUCCGAACCUGCCAGCCUCGAUGCCAGGCGCAUUUCAUGCCGUGACAAAUAGAGCCUUUGUGUGCGAAUCCGAUUUUUAGAUAGCUAAAAAAUGUUGGAUGGUGUUUGUGACAUCCACUGAGAUUUGUUAUUUGGACUACGCAGUCGACAAACUAGUGUGUUCGCCGGGAACAGUCUGCGAAGGAAGAUGCUUGGAUUUUCUGGGAAUCAUUGAAACAGGAAGCCCGAUCAUGCUGUUUCUUCUUGUCAGCGGUGUACAUCUCGCUCGUUAGGUCAUUUGUGGAUUCGGGGAUCUAACACGAAAGGUUUGAAGUUCUGCUGACAUAGACCGAAACGAUCCUUUUUAUCGGAGAUGUCAUUGAGUUUCGCUGCACAAAGAUCCUGAGCUUAAAGCAAUCGACGUGCUGUUCAAUACUUCGACCGUUCAAAGGCAGCAACUACCAUGGCUAGUGGUAUCUCUCUCUCAACYAAAGAAAGAACCAACUUCACUCGAUUGUGUAGACUUCUAAUCGAUGGCGGCACGCGUGCUGUGCGAGAUGUCUUCGACUCCAUCCAUCCCCCGACAAAYCUACACACGGCAUUAAACAAUCCAACAGUCUUUAACACAUUGAAGGGMCUUAGAUCAAAGAGGAUCAUCAACCMACAGCAAUGGCAAAAGCUAUAUCCUAGUACAACUGGUACCGUGACAUCAUCGGGAUUCGACAUAACACUACUGAUUGUACUACUGAGGAACAUCUGCGGCCUCUCUCCUCCCUCGACGGGAUGGGACCGCCUUCCAGCGGCCUCAGAUASCAGUGUAGAAGCCGACUUGGCCCGUAUCAAAUAUUAUAGAAAYAAUCUUGUCGCGCAUAUUGCAGACACAUCGAUGAGUGAUGCCGAUUUUGAGACGUACUGGGUUGAGAUUAAGGACUGUUUGGUACGGCUUGGAGGUUCCGUAGGCUCCRCCUAUGAUGAAGAAAUCCAGAGACUUAAAGUUGGAUCCUUGGAUGCAGCGGAAGAGACAAAUUAUGUUAAAUUAUUACAAGAUUGGGAAAACAGUGAAAGGGAAUUAAAAAUGGAGCUUAAAGACGCCGAAGAUAGAUUGUCAGAGAAGAUUGGCAAAGCGCAACAUGGAAUUGAAGAUAAAUUACAGCAAACUGAGAMGAGAAUUGUUGAAAAACUURAUGACAUGGRUCUCAAAUUGAAGGAAGCUGUAGYRUGUCCUGAUAGCGAUCAUAAAAAAUCUGAAGACACUUCUACUAUUGUCUACAAUGUAGCUAUCAGUGGACGUGCUCAAGUAGCUGUGGGCCCGAACGCUUCUGUAAUAAAUGUCGAUGGUAAAACAAAACAGCGAGACGUAAAAGACAAACGACUACCGCGAGAACGUUCAUCGCUGCUGAAGGCUUCCACCAARAGACAAACGGAGUUCCAACACAAGUUAGUGGCAUCCCACAUGAUUUCCAGCGUCAGAACAGACGAYAUCUUCACYAACCUCGUAUUACAACAUGGAMGAAAAUCACUGGGAAGGCGUGAUUUGAACGAGUCGAGACGAGAACAGCUCAACUGGUACAGCAAGGUGCAUGGGGUUCCUUUGGAAAGGUGUGAAGAAAUAUUCACCAGUAGAGAAACCCAACCGCACUACAUCCUAGUCGUUGGUAAAGCAGGCAUUGGUAAAUCGAUAUUUUGUGAGAAGAUCACUAGAGAUUGGGCCUGCCAGAGGCUAUUCCAGCAUCCACAGUCCAGUAAUCCAAUUCMWGAAUUUCCAUUCGUCUACCUUCUGACAUUUAGACAGUUAAGUUCACUUGGCAACGAGUUAUUUAAUCUUCAAGAUAUAUUAAAUCGUUCUCCUUUAUUGGACGAAAAGUCUACCAUCGAUAGGGAUCUCUUUKCGUACCUCGUCGAACACCCAGAAGACCUUCUAGUUAUCAUCGAUGGAUACGACGAGUUUGCGUACAGAGAACAGAUUGUCGGUGAUUACGAAGCGCAAUUCCCUAACGAUCCGAAAUCAAAGAUGCCCGUUGCUGUCAUGUGUAGUAAACUUGUUARAGGCAAGAUCAUGAGUGGGUUGACUUUGUUGGUGACGUCCAGACCAUCAGAAGCAGAUGAGUUGGGUAAUAUUGUCUUUGAUAAGUAUGUGGAGAUCGCUGGGUUUUCUCCCGMACAGGUAAAGGAAUACAUCGAAAAAUACUUCAAAAAUGAAGAUGAAAUGAAGAGCACUGUGCUUGAUCAUAUCAUGGCGAACGAGACCCUUGUAAGCUUUGCUCACAUUCCAAUUCUCUGUCGCUUGAUGUGUUGGUAUAUGGACUGGCACGUUCGUAACAAGAGCGAAGCUGAUCUCCCGGUCACUGUCACAGAUCUCUUCACAGAUGUUAUCGAAAUCUUUUUACAAAGGCAUCAUACAGAGCUGAAGCGUCAGUCGAACUGUGGCAAGGAAACUGUUAAUGCAAACUCAUUAUUGACUUUUUUUCGAAGGUCCAAUACUGGCUCCACAAACAGCGCCGAUAUUACGAAAUCCUCUUCAUCUCGUUGGAAGAACACAUUGGAAAAGUUAUCAGUUCUAGCGGCCACUUUGCUCUUGGGAAAAAAGCUCGCCUUUACUAUGGAUGAYAUGAGAAACACUGGGCUUCGGGAAGACGAGAUUGAGAACUUAAAAGCAAGUGGACUCCUUCACUGUGGUCCAGGGUUUCGCGAUACAGCAUUUAAAGUGAUUCAUAGUUUUUGUUUCACGCACUUGACGGUGCAGGAGUUUUUGACAGCCAACUGGUUUUACAAAGAAARGAGAAUGCCKACCAAAGGAAUGGCGGCUGGGAUGGUUGUACAGUUCAUGGCUGGUCUUGCUGCAAGAUGCAACGAUGUCAAGUUUCUAAAUAGAAUAGUCAAAUGGAUCAAGACUCUCAAGCAUCUGAGACGAGACCAGAAACAACUUUUGACAACAAAAUGUCUUUACGAGUUCAAAGAUCUKUCAGCUGCCAGGGCGAUAGUGACCACRCGCUAUUCCAGGUACUGUGACGAAGGAAGYGUGGUCUUYCUGGACAUUAAUGACGUCGACUGCGCGAUAAUAUCAUUCUUACUGGACAUUUUCACAUCUCUGAACAUUGACGCCAAUACCAAUUGCAGCUUUCCUUCACUCAAGCCUCAGAAAGCGCCUGACAUUCAUCAUUUGUACAUUGGAAUGUGCUUGAUUUCGCCGUUUGGUCUUCAAAGAAUAUGCACUUCUUUGAUGCACGAGUCCAGUACCAUYUCRCAGCUGAUACUUUUUGACUGUGGAAUCAACGAUGAUUGCGCUCAAUGCAUCUCGCAAUUAUUACUUAAUAGCAACAUCACCUUAUUAGGAAUGGGCGUUAAUCAAUUAACUGACCAAGGAUUUGAGCUUGUGCACAACGCUCUUGUCGAUAAGAAAUGUCGGUUAGAAAAGAUGUUUCUCSCUUAUAAUGAGAUUGGCGACAAGAGUGUAGAACUGCUYUCUGAGUCUUUGGUCAGUGGUUCUUGUAGGUUGAUAAUGCUUAAGCUCAAUAACAAUCAAAAUAUCACAGAUAAUUGCAGAUCUUUGAUUAAAGAAUUGGUCAAAAAACAUCGGCCUGACGUUGAACUUUUUGUGUAAGAUCGAUGGCCGACUGACAUACAAUACAAUAUCGAUCAGUGGAAAAAUGUCAUUCUUUGAGUCAAAAUAUAUGAUAGUGAGUUGCUAUAUGAUUUUGAAAUCAUAUUUUACAUUGUAAAAUAUUUAAUUAAGUACGAAGCUAAUAACUUAACACAUUGAUCUCAAGUGUUUAAAUGAAUGAGUAAACGAAUUAAUUAUGUAAAACCAGGGACGUGGGAAGAGAUAUCUCU